GCACCGGGCCACCGGGCGGAGCAGCAGGCACCGGGCCACCAGGCGGAGCAGCAGGCACCGGGCCCCGGGCGGAGCAGCAGGCACCGGGCCCCCGGGCGGGACGACGGGCACCGGGCCCCCAGGCGGGGCAACGGGCAUCGGGCCCCCCGGCGGGGCGACGGGCACCGGGCCCCCCGGCGGGGCGACGGGCAUCGGGCCCCCCGGCGGAGCGGCAGGCAUCGGGCCACCAGGCGGAGCGGCAGGCAUCGGGCACCCAGGAGGGGCGACAGGCAUCGGGCCCCCAGGCGGAGCGACGGGCAUCGGGCCCCCAGGCGGAGCGGCGGGCGCCGGGACCCCCCCAGGCGGAGCGACAGGUCUCGGGCCCCCAGGCGCAGCGGCGGGCGCCGGACCCCCAGGCGGAGCGACAGGUCUCGGGCCCCCAGGCGGAGCGGCGGGCGCCGGACCCCCAGGCGGAGCGGCGGGCGCCGGACCCCCAGGCGGAGCGACAGGUCUCAGGCCCCC